AUGUCGUUCAAUCCCAACAGCGUCGAUCUCGACACCGCGGACCCGGCAGAAAUCAUCUGCUACCUCAAUGCCUCGGAAAACGACUAUGAUGGCCGCUUAGGCGCGCGUGUAUCCGCGAUCUUUGUGAUCCUGAUUGUCUCAACCGCUGUUACCUUCUUCCCAGUCAUAGCCAAGCGUGCUCCCCGCCUUCACAUUCCACUAUACGUUUACCUCUUCGCGCGAUACUUCGGUGCCGGUGUCAUUGUGGCCACAGCGUUUAUCCAUCUCUUGGAUCCUGCAUAUGAUGAAAUUGGACCGGCGUCCUGCGUUGGCAUGACUGGCCACUGGGGGGACUAUUCUUGGUGCCCAGCAAUCGUCCUUACUUCUCUCAUCGGAAUCUUCCUCCUCGACUUUGGCGCAGAGCGAUAUGUGGAGGUCAAGUACGGAAUCUGCCGAGAGGACCCGGAGCCUAUCAUGACCAGUGCAACGGACAACAGCUUGCAUGCUACUGCAGUGGCUAACCAAGCCCCUGUUGAGAAAGAAGCACAGCUGGAAUCUCAAUCUGUCAAUGACUCGUUGUCGGAGAGGUCGUUCAAGCAGCAGAUUGCCGCCUUCCUGAUCCUGGAGUUCGGUGUCAUCUUCCACUCGGUCAUUAUCGGCUUGAACCUCGGUGUUACAGGUGAAGAGUUUUCCACUCUAUACCCGGUCCUGGUCUUCCACCAGUCAUUUGAGGGCUUGGGUAUUGGCGCCCGUAUGUCAGCAAUUCCCUUCCGCAAAGGCAGCUGGUUGCCCUGGAUUCUGUGCACGCUGUAUGGUUUGACAACACCCAUUUCCAUCGCAAUCGGACUCGGAGUCAGAACCACCUAUAACUCAGGCUCAUACACUGCGAAUGUCGUCUCGGGUGUUCUGGACGCAAUCUCCGCUGGUAUUCUUAUCUACACCGGAUUGGUCGAGUUGCUGGCUCGCGAUUUCCUCUUCGAUCCCCAUCGCACCCAAGACAACAAACGACUGGCAUUCAUGGUGAUUUCGAUGCUUUGGGGAGUUGGUGUGAUGGCACUUCUUGGCAAGUGGGCCUAG